AACCCCUUUUGUACCUUUUUAAAGCUCUUAUUGCUUCCUAUGUCUUUGUGUUGCUGCUACGAGGAAAUGAAAUGGUUAUAUUUGAAGACGGAAGAAAAAGAAAUUCCAGCUGACUGAGGAGGGAAGGGUUAAUGCAAAUGUGGGAAGUACUUAUGUCACGAAGUUACAAGCCAGAGAAAGAAAGAGAGAAAUAGAGAUCAGUGAAUGAGUCUUGGUCAGUCACUAACACAAGAAAGAGACGGUGGAGAUUAGUCGGUCAGUUUGGAGAAAGGGAUUUGGGAAUAAAUCCAGGGAGAUCCUGAAUUGAAACAGAUUGCAAAAAGGAGGGGCUAUGCGCUGACGUAUUGUGAGAAAGGGAAAAGAAUAAAGAAGUGGAAAAAGUAAAAAGGAAGAGAAGUAAGGAGCACGGAUGAGUGUCUGCGAGAGGAGCUCAGCAUACGGAUUUGGAUCUGAAACCAGACAGUCUUACAGGAGGUCCUGUAUUCAUCACCAUUGACCAUGGGGUUUGGAAGCGAAUUUCUCUGCUCCGAUGGAUUCACUGCAUUGGUGCGCCUUCAAGACAUGGAGCUCAAAUUAAUGGAGGCCAUGAAAAAGUGGCUGAUGCAGCGUUCAAAGAGUGACAAAGAAUAUGCGUCAUUACUGCAUCAGAUGGCGGCGCAGGUAGAAAAACAAGAUCACUCGGUGCAGCCAGGAAUGUCUGACUACUCAAGCCAGCUCGGUCAGUCCUGGACUAUAUUGGUGUCGCAGACUGAAAGCUUGAGUCAGAUAUUAAAGAAGCAUUCUGAUGAUUUGAUCUCUGGACCUCUUAACAAAAUAACCCUUCUGAUCCGUGAAAAGCAACAAUUGAAAAAAUCCUAUAGUGAACAAUGGCAGUUUCUGAACCAGGAGUAUGUGAAGACAACGCAACAAGAGGUAGAAAAACUGAGAUCACAAUAUCGCAGCCAAGUAAAGGAAACCAUGCAAGCCAAGCGAAAGUACCAGGAGUCGAUUAAAGACAAGGACCGAGACAAAGCAAAAGAGAAAUAUGUAAAGAAUACUUGGAAACUACAUGCGCUACAUAAUCAAUAUGUUCUGGCGGUGAAGGCAGCCAAAUCGCACCACGAGCAUCACUUCAAGCACAGCCUGCCCAUCUUACAUGAUUCAGUGCAAAAUCUUCAGGAACAGAUGGUUUUCAUCCUCAAAGGGAUUAUGCAAGAAUACCACGGAAUUACAAGUUUGGUGCAAGAGGAAGUAGGCUGUGUUCACCAGGAAAUUGAGGGAGCCCUUAACAAAAUCGACCCUGUCCAAGAAUAUGAAAACUUCAUUCAAAUGAACCGGUCAUCAAGCAGUUUGCCACCCACCAUAAUCUUUGACACCAGUUUGUUGGAGGAGACAGAGAGUCUGGAAGAAGAAGAACUUCAGCUGAAUGACCUGACUAUAGAGAGUGUGCAGCAUACGUUAACAUCGGUAGAGGAAGAUCUGUCUAUAGCCUCAGAAACCGUUAGCACCAAACAAGAAGCUGUGAAUCAGCUGCAUUCUGAGAUCGUGACAGAGGAGAACACCACAGACAUCUGUGAACUAAUUAGCCUGCUGUCCAAACGUCAGUCUCUACGGGAUGCGGUUCUACAAUAUCAUGUUUCUCUGUGCAACAAGAAUAAGUUUCAGGUCCAGAGAGACGUGUUGAAGAAGAAGAUGAAUGAGGUUGGAUCUGGAGACCCACCUCCUGCUCUCAAGCUGCAGGAUGACUGCCGAUCCAUCACUUCAAUAGAGAGACCAAACCAAACAUUAGAAAACAUUAAAAAUCACAUAUCAGGAAUUUUUCGGCAAAAAAUAUUGUUGCCUCCUCUUUUGCCAAUGAUCCCAGAAGUCCAGAAGCCUCUAAACCAACAGAACUGGUAUCACGGUGCAAUCCCACGCUCCGAAGUCCAAGGGCUACUUGUAAACAAUGGAGAUUUUCUUGUGAGGGAAAGCCAAGGCAAGCAAGAAUAUGUGUUGUCUGUUCUUUGGGAUGGACAGCCGAGGCACUUUAUAAUCCAGUGCGUUGAUAACCUUUACAGACUAGAAGGAGAUGCCUUUUCAACCAUCCCAUUGUUGAUCGAUCAUUUUUUGAAGACAAAGCAACCUGUUACCAAGAAAAGUGGAGUUAUCCUGAACAAAGCUAUAAUUAAGGACAAAUGGGUAUUAGAACAUGAAGAAGUCAUCCUGGGAGAAAGGAUUGGAAGGGGUAAUUUUGGGGAGGUGUACAGCGGACGUCUCCGUUCAGACAAUACUCCAGUAGCUGUGAAAACCUGUCGGGACACACUGCCCCCAGAUGUAAAGGACAAGUUUCUGAUGGAGGCCAGAAUUUUAAAACAAUACAGCCAUCCUAACAUUGUCAAAUUAAUUGGCGUUUGCACACAGAAGCAACCUAUUUACAUAGUCAUGGAGCUGGUCCAAGGUGGAGAUUUUCUAACCUUUUUACGAAACGACAACCACAAACUAAAGGUGAAGGACCUCAUAAGAAUGGUGGAGAAUGCUGCUGCUGGAAUGGAGUACUUGGAGAGCAAACAUUGUAUUCACAGGGAUCUUGCAGCUCGCAACUGUCUUGUGACUGAGAAAAACAUUCUAAAGAUUAGUGAUUUUGGGAUGUCGAGAGAAGAGGAGGAUGGAGUGUACUCGUCUACUGGCGGAAUGAAGCAGAUACCUGUAAAGUGGACAGCACCAGAGGCUCUCAAUUAUGGUAGAUACAGCUCAGAGAGCGAUGUUUGGAGUUUCGGGAUUUUGCUGUGGGAAGCCUUCACACUUGGCGCAGUUCCAUACACCACCAUGAACAAUCAGGAAACUAGGAAGGCUAUAGACGAAGGAAUCCGGCUGCCAGCUCCAGAAAUGUGCCCAGAGGAUAUUUAUAAACUGAUGCUGCGUUGCUGGGAAUAUGAUCCGAGAAAGCGUCCCAGCUUCAGCAUUAUGCACCAGGAACUUAUCAGUAUCCGCAAGAGACAUCGAUAAGUCCUUCCAGGAGCGGGUCAAUGUCAAUAGAAAGCCCAGUGGGGAGAAGGGAUUGGAUAUCAUCACACUUAUUCCCUGGAUAUCCCGAAAUGAGGCCAGCAGGAGACAUUAUCUUUAUCCAAUAUCCUUACCAUUUCACCUGUGCUUACAUUUCUCAUUGUGAAGCCCUACAUGGGGCCAUAACAUUCAUUGCUAUGUUUUUCCAAGAUGACUUUUUUGUAUCUAAUAAAUCACUGAUGUAGAUCC